AUGAGGAGCAGAUGUGGAGAGGGCUUCGAUACGAAGAAAAAAGCCGUGCAUUCCGCAAGUUUCGUUGCAGAUUUCUCGUCGUUUGAUCUAUCGUACAGCAAGAAAGCAGUAGAAGGAGCAAAGGAUGAAAUAGCUGAUGCCAAAUUGGACGGACAAGGAGCAUGGACGGUAAAUGGUGUUUACCCAGAAUGA